UCAUAGGUAGUUUUGUUUUAUCUUAAGACGAUAGCAAGCAAAAAACGAUAGUUACAGUAAUAUGCGGGAGAAACGAUUUUGAUUAUUUUAUGUUAAUGAACACAGUUCAAAAAUUAGUUAAACCUGGUACAUAGGUUGGACAGAUAACUUGCUUUUUAAAAAUAAAUUUUCCGAUGGUUGAAUGGCCUCGGCACAAUAGGACAUUUCCGAGUAUCCUGAUUAACGGGCCCAUGUUGAAUGAAACGAAGAAGAAAAAGUGGCCUGUGAUCUUUGGUGCAAUUAGUACUUUUGAAGUUGUUUCUAUUUGUAAAGUUAACACAAUGCCGUAUGCCAAUCAACCGUCUGUUCAUAUUACCGAUCUUACAGACGACAAUGUAAAAUUUUAUGUGGAAGAUACGGAUUUAAGCGUGGCAAACAGUAUUCGCCGAGUUCUGAUAGCCGAAACUCCAACUUUAGCCAUUGAUUGGGUGAAACUUGAAGCCAACUCUACAGUUUUGAGCGAUGAAUUUUUAGCCCACCGAAUAGGACUCAUUCCACUGAUAUCUGAUGAAGUUGUUCAGAGGUUGCAGUAUCCUAGGGACUGUAUUUGUACAGACUUUUGCCAGGAAUGUAGUGUAGAAUUUACUUUAGAUGUUAAAUGUAUAGAUGAUCAGACCCGCCAUGUAACAACAGCGGAUCUAAAAUCGAGUGACCCGCGUGUAAUUCCGGCUACUUCCAAACAUAGAGAUGACGAGUCUUCCGAAUAUGGGGAGACCGACGAAAUUCUUAUUGUAAAACUGAGAAAAGGGCAGGAAUUGAAAAUUAGGGCCUACGCAAAGAAGGGGUUUGGAAAAGAACACGCAAAGUGGAAUCCCACUUGUGGAGUAGCUUUCGAAUAUGACCCGGACAAUGCAAUGAGGCACACAUUGUUUCCAAAGCCAGAUGAGUGGCCGAAAAGUGAAUACACAGAACUGGAUGAAGAUCAAUAUGAAGCACCAUAUAACUGGGAGUUGAAACCAAAUAAAUUUUACUACAAUGUCGAAGCUGCAGGUCAAUUAAGACCGGAAAACAUUGUUAUUAUGGGCGUAGCAAUGUUAAAAGAGAAACUGUCGAAUUUGCAAACCCAGCUCAGCCAUGAGCUACAAAAUGAUGCACUUGCUAUUGCUUGAGUCAUACAUUUUGUCCUUUUUAUAUUUUAUAUUAUAUAGAGUAUAGAGUAAGCAAAUGUAAUUCUGAAAAGUGUUUCUGGUUUUGAUUUAUGUCCUUGGAAAUGUUUCUGAUGUUUCACAAAUUGGGAUUCCACGUAAUACGUAAUAAGAGCCGUCUUAUUUUUUUUUUGUAA